AUGAUCCCGAUAGUGAUCCAUGUUGAGGGCCACCUGCCGUUCUCCAGCUGUCCACAAGGCGGUGGUGAGUGUAUGGCUUUGAGGCGGUGUCGGGGGUGGGUGUUCGGUUGGGACCGAUAUUGUGGGCGGGGCGACGUGUGCUGCUUACCCCUUCAUCGGAACAACACGGUGAGCAUCAACGACGAUGACGGCGACGCUGCUGCUGGGAAGGAUAAUGGAAAGGAAGUUCCAGGAUUCUCGGACUGUGGAUUCAUCCCCCGACUACAGAGAGGAAAGUGGGGGCGGGUGGCCCGGGUCGUGGGUGGAGACCCUGCCGUGGUAGGGGAGUGGCCGUGGCAGGUGGCGCUCGAGUCGAGGAGGAGACACUUCUGUGGGGGGUCCCUCAUCAACCGCCGCUGGGUUGUCACUGCCGCUCAUUGUUUCAGGAAGUACUCCCCCCGCAGGAUGACCGUCAUCCUUGGUCAGCACCACAAGUCCAGAAAGACCGGACACGAGCAAUACAGACGUAUUAGCCAGGUCAUAAAGCAUUCCAAGUUCGACCUUGAGUUUGGCAACCCGUACGACAUCGCCCUGAUAAAGCUUGACCGCCCUGUGGACACCAGUGGGCACUACAUCCGGACAAUCUGUCUCCCUACCCAUAAUUCCGCUGUGUUCGAUAAGUCUGACCGGUGCUACGUCACUGGAUGGGGCUUUACAAGGAAUACUGGGGACUCGAGGAUACUGCGCCACCUACAGGUGGACAUCGUCCCUACCGCCGCCUGUAAUCAGUCAUGGCGGGUCAUUAAAGAAGAAAAUAUUUGUGCCGGAAAUGGAGUAAUUGGCGCUUGCAAGGGAGAUUCUGGUGGACCUCUCGUGUGUUACAAACACGGGCGAUAUACACUAGCAGGCGUGACGUCAUGGGGCAGUACCACGUGCCGGAAGCCAGGUUUCCCGGAUGUAUAUACACGUGUUUCGUCAUUCUUAGAUUGGAUAUAUGGUAUUAUCUACAGACAUAAAUAAAGUGUUAAACCAUG